AUUAAUACAGUUGGCAUAAGUUUAAUUAUUUGUCUCCCUCCAUCAAUUUUCACCCAGCUCCAGAGCCGAACCACUAGCCUCACUCUAACCUUGUGUUAUAUGUUUGAGAUAAAAGCCCAUAAUUAUUCAUAAAUAUUUCAUAAGUGUUACAUAAGUCUACUAUUAAUCAAUGUUUUCAUCAACGGAAUUUCAUGCCUCAUCACUUUUGAUGGUGCCCAGACAUAAUUGUUUGUCGCAAGGUGUGAAGCGGCUUGUCACACAUUCACGAAGACAAGCAUGCAACCAAAAAUUGUUGGUUGUUCAGAGCUCAGGAUUUCAUUCCUAUACUUUUGGCUUGUCAGGCUGCCAUUUUCAAUGAUGACAAGCUCUGUCCUUCCACCCAUGGAGAUGCCUCCCCAGACCAUGACCACUGAUCUGCCAAAACUGUCAUGCUGUACAACAUUUUGUGGCAAAUUUUUCUCCCCAGGGCUAGAGAGACCCUCCUACGCCUGUCCAAGAUCUUGGAGUACCUGGACUCAUCUUUGAAGAGCACUGUACCCCACUUAUUCAGUGUCCACCUGUAGUGUUCUGUGGCCCACUGCAGACAUGCCAGUUUGUGUGCUCUGGAAAGAGGCACCCUAAGAGCUGGUCUUCUGUCUCCCAAGCAAACUUCAUGAAGUUGUCUCCUAACAGUCUGAGUGGACACUCGCAUCCCUAUUGCCUCCUGCAGGUCAUUUCGCAGGCUGACUGCAGGCAUGAAAUGAUUUCUGCGGGCAUACAAGGUCAAGAAUCUAUCUUGAUUCUGGGUUGUGACCUGUUGUCUGCCUCCACAAUGCCUUUGACUCACGCUACCAGACCUUCCAAACCUGUUCCAGGCUCUGGAAACGAUACUUUGAGAGAUCCCACUGCAUCUGCAACUUUAUGCUGAUUCCUUCCCUUUUUGCAGCAUUCCAAUGGCCCUGUUGAAGACAGCAUCCUGCAAUCUCACUAAACGUGGCAUUUUCAAUGCUUUCUGACCUCAAGUGAAGGUUUCAGAGCAUUAAAUAGUGACCACUUCUCAAUUAAGAUCACCACUGUUUAACUCUGUGACAGGUCAAUAGGUACUUACUGACAAACAAUUAUGUCUGGAGAUUGUCAAAAGCCAAGAAGGAUGAAAUUUCAUAAGUGAAAACAUUGACUAAUAACAGACUCACGUGUUAUGCAUGAACUGUGAAAAACACAUUUUGGUUUAAGGAAAAAUUUGAUGACAAAUUUUGAUCCACUUCAAAUGUUGACUACUGUAUACAAACUGAAAAAACUCAACAGUCCUUUUUCACACAUAAGAACCAAAAAAAGUAAUAUUUUGUAUGGCUUCCUUUGGCCUUGAUAACAGCUUGUCUUCUUUCUAGCAUUGUUUUUAUGUACUUUUUGUUUUUGAGUUCUAGCUGUUUCUACAGACUUGCUUUGGAUUUAACUUUUGUGCGAUAAAUCAUUGAAUCUACUAAAUCCCAAAAUAUUGUCCAAUACAAUUCAAAUCUGGACCUUGACUUGGCCAGUCCAUCAGUUCCUGUACCCCAGAUUCCUUUUCCUUGGUCAAAUAGUCUCUGCACUGCUUUGAAAUGUGCUUGGGGUCAUUGUCUUGUUGGUAUAUGAACCCAUGACCAAUCAGAUUCAGUCCAGAGGGGAUUCCAUGAUGCCCUUAGAUGUUGUGGUAGACAUUGUUGUUCAUGAUACUGUUGAUUUUCACUAAUUUACCCGUGCCAUUCUACAAAAAGAACCCCAUAAUGGAAUGUCCCCUGUGUUUCACUGUGGGUGCAAUGCAUCUGGCAUCAAAAUGUUCUCCAGCUUUUCUAUGGACAUAAACAUGACAAUGCUGACCACAGAGUUCAAAUUUGGACUCAUCUGGACUCUGGAUGUUUGCAGGCCUCAGUAAUGGCUUCUUAUCAACUGUUCUUCCCUGUAAGCCUUGUUCCAUCAGUCGUCUGCUUAUGGUCAUUCUGGAGAUUUUCUCAGACUCUGAUCUAGAAGCAUUCAUCUCUGCCUGAAGAUCAUCAGUGGCCUUUCUUCUGCCUCUAGUACUUAAAAUCUGGCAGUUCUGACAUCUGCUCCAGCUAACUUUUGUUUCCUGCUUCUUCCUUGGCACAUUUUUUAAGUACCAGUCUCUGCAAUCGACCACACUGCUUCACUUUCAAAAUUUCAAUUCUUACUCCACCCUGCAACAGCAAACGUUUCUAAAUGGAUUUUUACUUUGAGGACGGACCAUGUUCUUCUGAGUCCAAUCCGAAGAACGGCCACGGAGAAUCACAAAUGACAGAGGACUCAAAUGAUUUACCCAGAGGAAAAUCCUCUAGUGUGGGCAUCACUGAAUUUCAAGAGCAGCAUAACAGGUACCCUCAUGAAGCAAUUCCUGUGGGCAUCACUGAGUUUCAAGGACAGCAUACCAGUUCAAACAUAGAUGACAUCAGCAGAAGAGUUCAGGAUCUGGUCGAAAAGAUAAACAACAGUCGCACCAGUGACCAGAAAGUGAUGGACAGCUUUCAGGAGAAAUUGGUAGAAAAGGUGACAGAGAUGUUACAACAGAUGAAAGAACACAUGUACACCGUCUAUGAAGAGAACAGCAAUGUGAUGCAGGUGAAGCUGCAGGAGUUGUCAGAGGUGCUGGAGAGCUGCUCUAAACUCAAUAAGGAACUCAUGGAAGCCAGCCAGGCACUGAAAAGUCUUAGAGAGGGCUUAGCCAUUAUCCAGACACCACAACCCUAAUUAAAUAAUCAUUGUUUGAUGUCUGUAUUGUUGUGUAUCAGUUAAAAGUUAUAAACAGUGUUUUGAAGAGAUUACCCAUAUUUACUCUUCAAGGUCUUGUUAGUUUUUUUCCUAAGAAUACAUAGUUGGCAAUGUUAUGCUUUAGGACACUGUUUCUGGCCAAAUCUUUUUAAUAAAUUGUUGUUAAUUUAAGUAUAUGCUGACAUAAUAAAAAUGAUCAGAUAAAAAAACAAAAAAUGUGUGUA